UCGUAUCGAAUUCCGUGUUUUUAUUUGUAUUUCUACGGCAUUACUUGAAUUAGUUCUAAGUGUGAUAUCCAGGUUUAUUUACUAUAUUUUUACCACCUAAAAAGACGAUGGCCGACAUAGACCUGGGUUUUGCUGAAGAACGUGAAAGUGCAUGGCUAACAAAUCGUUAUUUCCCCAGCAAAAUUGGGGGGAAACCAGCAUGGUUAGAACUGGAGAAACUUCCAUCCAAUAAAGAACUGUUGUGCGAAACGUGCCAAGAACCCAAAGCUUUCUUAUGCCAGAUCUACGCACCAUUUGAGGACGAGCACAAUUUUCACCGGACUAUUUACGUUUUUGUGUGCCGAUCAGCAGGUUGCCAGGUUAGCAAUUCAGCAAGGCAUUUAACUGUGUAUCGCAGUCAACUUCCCAGGAAAAACGAGUUUUAUUCCGAACAGCCACCGAUAGAGGAAGGAAGUCCUUUGCCUGAAAUCCAGUCUUCCAAAAAACUUUGUAAAGCAUGUGGUUGUUCUGGGCCGCUAGCCUGUAGUCGUUGCCGCAACGUGAAUUACUGUUCUGCAAAACACCAGCGAGCACACUGGCCACAUCACAAAAAAAUUUGCAUGGCUGAAAAUCAAUGCGGAACUGAGAGCAUCAAUAUAUUUUUACCGAAUAUUAGUUUUCCAGAAUGGGAAAUCGUCGUUGAGGCGAAUGAUGCGGGUGAAGAAACUGCGACAGAUAAUGACGAUGGAAGCGUGGAAGAAAAAAAUUUGGCAGAAUAUCAGAAUUUAGUAGAAGUUGGGGAAACUGGCACGCUAAAAGAUGUGGCAGAAUCCGAACUGGACAAGUAUGCAAAUGAAUCGGUGGCCGCAGAUGACAAGAUUUUUCGAAAAUUCAGAAAAGAAGUGAGCAAAGAUCCAGAUCAAGUUGUGCGAUAUGGACGGGGCGGAACCCCGCUUUGGAUUGCCGAUGUGGAGCAAACGAUCGCGCAACAAUUGCAAAUUCCUAACUGUGAGCUAUGUGGGGGAGAGCGUCAAUUUGAGUAUCAGAUAAUGCCGCAGAUGCUAAACUUGUUGAAAGAUGAUCAGCUUGACUGGGGCACAUUGACUGUAUACACCUGUUCCAAAAGUUGUCGUCUACCAAAUGAUAAAGGUUAUGUUCGUGAAUAUAUAGUUAAGCAAGAUAUUAUCUCCAAUGAGAAUAAAAAGUAAAGCAUUCACUGUACAUAUGCUUCUGUUAUA